AUGCCAGAACAAAUUAUAUUAGAAGAAAAAACUUCUAAUGCUCAAUCAAAUGCAGUAGGCUCAGUAGCAAUAAACGAAAUAACUCCUAGCUUAUUAGUUAUCCAAACUGUCGUCAAUGAGCAAGUUGAAGCUAACCUAGAAAAAGGUUUAAUUCCCAAUGCUUCAGAAUUAAACAAAUCAAGUUCAGAACAAACUAUUCCACAACAUAUUCGGAAACUUCAUGGGGGAGAUGGAUCAUACUUUGGAAUUUACUGCUUGAUGAUUUUAGGUAUUAUUAGUCUAUUUAUUAUAGGCUAUGACCUUUACAGAUCAAUCAAAGCAAUAGUUAGUUUAAGCCAUAAUGAAGAAUCUACACCUGGAAGAAUAACAAAUAUAGUUUGGUUUAGUGUUCUUCUUCCAUUAUUUUGUUGUGCAAAGAUUAGUGCAAACGCAUCACCAACGGUUGCUGGCGUAUUCGUUGCCUUAUAUAUGAUUGCCUCUCUUAUAAUUACAAUAUUAAAUUUGACUGGAAAAUUGGAUAAAAAAUGGUCCGAUGGCAAGGUUAUAAUCACUGAAUUCCCAUCAAAUCUGCAUGAAAUUUGUAUUGAAGUGGUUUCUAAGCAAAUAAUACAAAGCUGUAUUUCCGUUGAUGACAGCGAUGCAGAGAUAUAUGGUCUUGGAUCAGUUCGUAAGCGACGAUUCAUUAACUUUCAUUUAUUACAUGUAUGGUAUGGAAUAUUUAAAGGGACUCGUAACGGUAACUUUGGAAAGAAGCUGGCAUUUAGCCCAGAAAAUCAUAUAGUAACUCCGCCAAUGGGAGAGAUGGAAAUGCACUUUCACUGA